AUGUCUUGCAAUAUUUCCUCUUUUUCCACAUGCUUUCGAGAGGAAGCUGAAGAAAAUCGAAAUUAUUGCACAAGCGAGGAGAGGAAACCUGAGACAUUUGCACAGAAAUGGCCCAUUAUGAUUUCGAUAUUGCUGAAGAGCGUAUGGAAAGCAGUUAUUAUAGUUGAUUGGUCUCUAAUGAGUAUACGGAAAGCUGAAGAUUAUAGCAAAUAG